GGGUGGCUCUCCUGCCGUGCCCAGCUCGCUGCCUGCCCUACCCGUCCCGCUUCAGGCUUUGAGGACCCUUGGGGGAACAAAGCAGGGCGCUUCCUCCUGCCCUUUGUCCGCCCUCCAUCUCUCCCCAGCCCACAUCCGGUGGGAUACGGGGAUGGAGACAAACGGUUGUGCGACACCACGCUGCAACAAGGGUGGCUCUGCUCUGAUUGCUAGUAGUGCAGCUGGUUCUGGAUGCAGGAAAUAUGAAUGAGUGGCAGAAGAAAAGCCCUCUAGAGUGGGAAACAUAUUUGAACAAACUGGUGAAAGUUGCUGUAGUUGAGAAACAUGAAUAUGAAGGAUGGGUCUUAACAGUUGAUCCAGUUUCUGCUAGUAUUGUCCUUGCAACAUUCCCGGAGAAUGAAAGUGUGUCCAUAUCAGUUGUCUUGGGCCAUGCUGUCGAGGAGGUAGAAAUACUGAAAGAAGGGGACGAUGAAAUGAAGCAACGGCUUUCUUGCAUAUUUGAACCUGAGGAAAGCAAAGCCUACAGCCCAGAGGAACUUGAAAAGAGGAAGAACAAUUUGAAGACUUGGCUAGAAACAAACCACAUCCCCAUAACAGAGCAAGGCGAAUCGGGAAAGACGCUAUGUGUGGCAGGGGUAUUGACUAUUGACCCACCAUAUGGCCCAGAAGAGUGCAGCAGCUCCAAUGAGAUUAUUCUGUCUCGAGUUCAAGGCUUAAUACAGGGCUAUCUUGAGAAAAACCAAUGAUAUCUGCUGUUUAAAGCAGUUGCCUUUAGGAAUGAGUGUACCUGGCCUAUUUUAGGAACUGUCUGGGGUAUAAAUAUUUGCAAAAAUGCUGGGUUUAGAUACUUUUGUCUGAUUUUUGUAUGUUAAGAAAGGGUUAAAACAAGCAGUAUAAACUAAAACCAUGAAACAUGUUUUCCCUGAACUGUUUUUUACUAAAAGCAAGCUGUUGGGUAAUGAUAAUGUAUUAAACUGAUGAUGUAAGCUUACUGUAUCAGGAAUAAGAUAAUGUAUCAGUUGAAUAGCUAUUUUUGUAACAGUACUGUGAAAGAUGAUAUAUGAUAAAUUUAAACUGUGUUUUCUUCUGCCUUUAAAAUUAAUCUAAUUAUCCAGUGGUGUAGACAUGUUUAUCUGAAUUUGGAAUCACCGAACCAGAUGAAAAAAUUGUUCUGUUUUUUUGUUUGUUUUUUUUUCCCCACAACUGUUCUCCUAAUUUGGAACAUGGAUUAUAAUGUAGGUCCAAGUUUUUAAAAUUAUUAGGGAAAGAUAGCAGGCAAAGAGCAGGUUUUUAAAACAUUUCCUAUCUAUCAUUGCUGUUUUAGAGCAGCAGUGAUUGGAAGGCCUUUGCUUCAUAGAGAAUUCCGUGCAAUUCAAUGUUUCUGUUUCCUGUUGCUUUGGUUUUAUCUUUUGGCAGCACACAGUGCAAGAAUCAUUGUGUUAUUAUUCCUGAGCUUGUUAACAUACAGCCCUCAUUUAUUUCCUAUAUUGAUUUGUUCUGUCUUGAGAUCACACCAAAACAUGUAAAUGUGAUCAAAUGCACUUUGGAAGCCUGCCUAACCCUUGUUAAUAAAAUGCCAUGCUCAUU